AUGACGAGUUCGGAGAAGAUGACGACCAAGGUGGGUUCGCUCACUCUUCAAUACCCGACGCUAUCGAGGGAUAACUAUGCUUCGUGGGCAAUCAAGAUGAAAGUCUACAUGAAGGCUCAAGACGUGUGGGAUGCCAUUGAGCCCGCGGCAGGCGCGUCCGUGGAACACAGGAAGGAUCAGAUGGCGUUGGCGGCCAUCUACCAGGGGAUUCCUGAAGAGACUUUGAUGGUGAUCGCAGAGAAGCAAACGACAAAAGAGGCAUGGGAGACGUUGAAAACUAUGCACCUAGGAGCGGAUCGUGUGAGGAACGCGAAGGUGCAGACCUUGAAGUCCGAGUUCAAACUUCUCCAGAUGAAGGAGAAUGAUAACGUCGACGAUUUUUCGACGAAGUUGACAGGAGUCGUCAACAAGAUCCGGGCUUUAGGCGGCGAGAUGGAGGAGAACUACGUCGUCAGAAAGCUUCUUCGGGCGGUGCCAGAGAGAUUCCUUACUAUCGUCUCCACGAUUGAACAGUUCGGGGACAUCGACGACAUGACACUCGAGGAGGCGAUCGGGCGGCUCAAAGCCCACGAGGAGAGGGCACGUGUGUUUCGAAACAACGUCGACGAUCAUCUAUUGUUGACGCAUGCGGAGUGGCAAGCAAGGAGCAAGAAGAACGGCGGAGGCUUCCUCUCAACACCUUCAACCAAUGAUGGUAGCGGACGAGGUCGCGGUCGAGGAGCUGGUCGCGGACGAGGGCGUGGCCAAAGAGGCCGAGGCGGACAGCAGUACCACGGCAACGGGCAGCAGCACCACGCUGCCCAGACAGGCCGCGGAGGAGAGCACGGCGGCCAGGCAGGCCGAGGCGGCUUCGGCGGCAGAGGAGGACGUCCAGGAGGUGGUUUCGGCCAUGGAGGUGCAGCUCGCCAGGAGGGGGAGAGUAGCACAAGCGGUGGUCGAGACAAGUCCAACAUUAAAUGCUUCAAUUGCGGAGUAUACGGGCACUUUCAGUCGGAGUGUCACAAGCAACGCCGCAACCAUGAACAGGAGGCUCAUCUCACCCGUGCAUAUGACGAGGAGCCAACCUUGAUGAUGGCUAUGUUAGAGGAAUCGUCAAGUGUUAUUUUGCUUAAUGAGGAGAAGGUGAUGCCGGAUUUACUUACAGCGGGGGAGGCACAUGUUGACAACAACACUUGGUAUCUUGACAACGGAGCUAGCAAUCACAUGACCGGCCACCGAGACAAGUUCAAGGAGCUCGACGAGAACAUCAAGGGAACCGUCAAGUUUGGUGAUGGAUUCGCGGUAGAGAUCAAGGGGAAAGGCUCUAUCCUCUUUUAG